AUGCUGAUAGUGAUCGGGGAGAUCGGCACGGAGCUCCAGCUGGACGCCGCCAGAGUGCAGAUAGAGCGGGGAAUUCGAUCCUGGGACGUCGACCUCAAGAGCUGCGACCUCGAUCAGCAGCUCCAGCUGUUUAUAACUCGUCACUCCGCCCACUUCUCCUCCGAGGUCAAAGGACAAAGAACUCUCCACCACAGGAGUGAUGUCCUAGAGACCGUGGUCCUUGUCAACCCUUCUGAAGACACCGUUGUAUCAGAGAUCCAGUCUCUAGUCACAGACUCAGCAGGACAGAAGCUUCUGGUCUUGAGCGGACAGAGCUCAGAUCACGGUGGCCUUCUUCUUCAAACUGGGGUUUUCAACCACCAGACCUUUUCUCGUGUCUUUGCUGAUCCUGUGGUCAGUGAACUACUGGGCACAACAGCCCCCAAGCAGCAGGCUACACUUACUGUGUCCUGCCGCGGGGAGGUGGGCUGGAGCUCCCUAGGACCACAGCAGACCCUGCGUGAGUUUCUGGAAUACAAACUAAACCCUGAGUCUGUUCUUCCCAAGAUGGAGGGCGUCACCGAGUUCACAGAGUACAUCUCUGAGACGGUUGACGUCCCUUCGCCUUUUGACCUCCUGGAGCCUCCAACAUCCGGAGGCUUCCUGAAACUGUCCAAACCAUGUUGCUACAUCUUUCCCGGUGGACGCGGAGACUCUGCUCUCUUUGCCGUCAAUGGCUUCAACAUCUUAGUGGAUGGAGGCUCUGAGCGAAAGUCAUGCUUCUGGAAGCUGGUUCGUCACUUGGACCGCAUCGACUCCAUUCUGCUCACACACAUCGGCGCUGACAACCUCCCAGGUAUCAAUGGGCUGCUUCAGAGGAAGAUAGCAGAACAGGAGGAAGAGCAAUCCCAAGGCUCCACCAACUACAGCGACUGGAUGAAGAACCUGAUCUCUCCUGAACUUGGUGUGGUGUUCUUCAACGUGCCAGAGAAGCUCCGUAUGCCAGAAUCUAACCUUAAAGUCAAACGCAGCAUCGAAGAGGCCUCCCUGACUUUGCAGUACCUGAACAAACUAGGAGUCAAAGCAGAGCCUCUCUUUCGAGUGGUAAGCAACACUAUUGAGCCCAUCACUCUGUUCCACAAGAUGGGAGUGGGCAGGUUAGACAUGUAUGUUCUCAAUCCUGUCAAAGACAGUAAAGAGAUGCAGUUUUUAAUGCAGAAGUGGGCUGGCAACAGCAAGGCCAAAACUGGUAUUGUGCUGCCCAACGGGAAAGAAGGAGAAAUAUCUGUGCCCUACCUGACAUCAGUUACAGCCUUAGUCGUCUGGCUUCCUGCCAACCCUGCAGAAAAGAUCAUCAGAGUGCUGUUCCCUGGGAAUGCACCACAAAACAAGAUCCUAGAGGGUCUGGAAAAAUUAAAGCACCUUGACUUCUUGCGCUAUCCUGUUGCAACACAAAAGGAUAUUGCCUCCGGAGCUCCUCCCUCUGUUAUAAAACAAACCAAGUUAAAACAAAGAACAGACAGCAAAGAGAGUCUGAAGUCGUCCCCGAAGACGACCGCAAAGGCCUCAAAGAAAGAAAAUGAAGGACAAGAUGACGUGUCAGCUGCCACAGAGGCAAAGAGUGACUCUGUCAAGGAAAAUAUAUCUGUGAAAAAAGAGGAGACGAAGCCUACUAAAACUAUCAAAUCUAAAAGUGAUGUGCCAGAAAAGAAAAAACUCCUGAAAGAAAAAUCCAUAAAAAAGCACCCGAAGGAAAGGGUGUCAAAAAUGGAUGAGAAAAAGGACAAGGAAAAGAAAGAGAUCAAGAAAGUUAAGAAAGAUGACUCUGCUAAAAAAGAUGAAAAGAAAGAGGUUAAGUCCAAAGACGACAAAAAGAAGGACACAUCCAAACCAGAGCUGAGAAAAAUGACAAAGCCUGACCUGAAACCGUUUACUCCAGAAGUCAGAAAGACGUUGCACAAAGCUAAAGUCUCAAGUAAAGCUAAGACCGGAAAAGUCAAAGCAGCAAAGACUUUACCUGCUGAGCCGAAGCCAGAGGAGCCACAACCUGAAACUAUUCAGCCUGAACCAAUACAAAAUGGAGCUGUUGAGGACACGUCUGUUCCCUCACCCCCUGAAGACCUCACCAAGGAUUUUGAAGAUAUGAAAAAAGCUGAAGUAGUAGCUGUUUCAGCAGAGCCUCCAGACAAUGAUGAGCUGAACGCACAAAGCAUUACCCAAGAGAAGCAGGAAGCAUCUGAAAUUCCACCUGACGAAAAGUCUCCAGAAAAGGAGGAAGAAGAGGCCCCAGCUGCCAAAAAGGAAGCAGAAGAGGAGGUGGAAGAAGAUAUGGGAAUAGGUGAAGAGGAAGAUGAAGCAAAAUGGAAGGAGGCAAAGGACGACGGUCUUGACAGGAAACAUGAGUUAGAAGAAAUGGAGAAAUCAGAAAAUCUCUCAGCUAAGGUUGUGACCAAAGAGGAGCUACAAAUGAUUCCAUCAGAGGAAGACGAGGAGGAGGAGGCAGUGGAGAAAGCCGAACUGGAGGAGGUAGAAGAUUUAGAUGUUAUAGCUGAUGAAGAGAUCAAAACUGAAGAUGCAGCUGAAGAAGAAAUGCUCACUGAAAGAAAAACCACUGACAUUCUGACUGCAGCUGAAGAAGAAGAGGAAGAAGAGGAGGGCUACCUGUCACAUGUUGGAGGGGCCACAGCUCCCAUAACCUCAGUAGUCCAAGGAGCCGGUGCAGCUGAACCCAUCUCCUACAUCCAAGACGAGACCAUCCCCGGCUACUCUGAGACGGAACAGACCAUCUCCGACGAGGAGAUUCACGAGGAGGCAGAGGAGAGGAUACCACACCUUCAGUAUGACGUUGGUACCUAUGACAUCUCUGUUCCAGAUCAAACCGGAUCAUUUGCCAACAUUCCUGGCAUGAGGGAGAUGCAAGCUGCAGCUAUGACUGAGAAAAGCUUCAUCCCAGGCGUACAGGAGCAGGUAUCCGUGUUCACCAACAUCAUCACUGCUCCUCUAGCAGAAGAGGAGCAUGUGUCUUCUGCAACGUCCAUCACAGAGUAUGACAAAGUCUGCUCUUUCCCUACUUCUAUUGCCGAAGACCAAUCUGUGGCAUCCCUUGCAGCGCCUAUGGCUGAGGAACUACCCAGAAGCCCCGUUAACCUGUCAACCCCACCUGACGCCUCCCAAGGCAAAGAGCAGCCACUCUCUGCAGGAACUCUAUCACCACCUUCUUUAGAAGAGGACAAACAACCCAAGUCUCCUUCUGAUGACUUUGAGCUUCCUGUUGCAGAAGUGAAGUCGCCGGCCAAAGCUCCUGAAGCUCACGAGGAGGAAGAAGAAGAGGAAGAGGAGGAAGAAGACCAAACUCCUAAUGUAGACAUUUCACUUGAAAAACUCCAAGAGGGCUAUGCUUCAUCCCAAUUAUUACAGCGUGAAGAGACGGAUAUUGGAAAGCUUGCUGGCUCAGUGUCUCCAGUUGCUGUACAAGACACCAAACCAGUCCACCUACCAGUUGAAGAGGUAAAUAUAGAUGCUGUUGCACCUAAAGAUAUUUCAUCAGUUGUGCCUACUAGACCUUUUGGAUCGGACUCAGUGACUUCAGAGAGUGAAGACCGCUGCUUCAGUCCGGAUGACAUCACUGUGAAAAUGGCCUCCCCUCCACAGUCCGGACCACCGAGUGCGGCUCACUCUCCUCUUCGUCAGUCACCAGUGGAAGACAAGAUGAAGGUCUUCCCUGGUAUGGAGGAGCCACUCGAGGACAUGAAAGAGGUUCAAGUGAUGAAGGAGUCAGAAAAAGACACUUCAUCAGUGACAACAGAUGAAGGCAAACAGGCAGGAACCAUCCCUGUUGUUGCAGCUUCUUUAGGAGAAGUUCAGCCACCUGCGUCAGUGAAGGAUUCUCUUAUCACAUCUGGAGAAAGUGAUGAAGAGGUUGACGACAGGCUCAAAGAGAAAGAACCUAAAAUGCCGAUUACAGUUAAAACCGUCAAGGCAGAACCGGAGAAAGAAAAGGACGACACCUCUGAUGUCCUACAAAUCAAGGAUGAGCAAAAACAGAAAUCUGUCAUCCAGGAAGAAAUUUCUGCUGUCAUGUCCGUCACGGAUGAGAAAGUAGAGAAAGAGACAAUGAAGGAUGACUCUGAUAUUAAAUCCAUCAAAGGAGAGCAAAUUGCGAAAGACAUUCUCCCUGCUGAUAGAGCCAUUAAAGAUGAACAGAAAGAGCCUGAAAAGGACCAAACUGAUGAUUUUGACCUCAAAACCAAAGGUGAGGUUAAGGAAGCUGAGAUUAAAUCUGAUGAUUUGUUUGAUAGUGAUAUUUCUGAUAUUAGCCCAAUAAAGACUGAAAAGAAAGAGACUGAACAGGUCCAAGCCACAGAUGUCAAGCCUAUUAAAGACGAGAUGGAGAAAGAGGUAAAGAAGGAUGAUAUUCCCAUUAUUGAACCUACUAAAGAUGAAAAGAAAAAGGAGACAGAAACAUCUGUUAUCAAAGUGAUUGAAGAUAAGAAAGAGGAAAAAGAGAUGGAAGAGAUAGAUGCUUCUGCUACCAAGUCCUUUACAGAUGAGCAGAGGCAAAAGGAUGAAGAGAUGGGUGACAUCAAACUCACCAAGGAAGAAGAAAUAAUUAGUAAGGGUGAUACGUCUACUGUAACCUUGAAAGAAGAAAAAGGACAAGAGAUUUGUAAAGAAGCUAUCUCACCCAUCAGCCUGAGUAAAGAUGAAAUCCCUGCUACCAAUCUAGCCACAGAGCAAGAAAAAGAUAAAGAGACAAGCAAAGAUGAUAGUUCUGACACCAAACUCUCCAAGGAGCAGGAAAAAGAUAUGCCAACAAGCAAGGAUGAUGCCUGCAUCUUCAAACCUACUACAGAAGAAGACAAGAAGGAAGAAAUCAGUAAAGAUGAUACUGCUGCUAUAAAAACCAAGGCAGAGGAAAAAGACAAACUACCAAGUACAGAAGAUAUUUCUGCUGCUAAACCAACACUUGUAGAAGACAAGAAACAAGAGGAAAGUAAAGAUGAGACUGUCACCAUCCCAUUAACCAAGAUAGAGGCAGAGCAUGUACAAUUAAGUAAAGAUGAUGAUUUAACUGCCUCAUCAACCAAGACAGAAGUAAAAGAGACAUUUCAGGAGGCCGUCAAACCAGUCGUGGAGGACGAAAAGGAGAAAGAAAAUAAUAAAGAUGCUGUCAAAGACGCCAAGAUGGAGGAAGCGGAAGUAAUGACGAGUAAAGAUAUUUCUGCUGUCAAAACAUCCAAGGACGAAUUUGUUGCUAAAUCCACAAUGCAAGAAGAAAAGGAGAAAGAAAUCAGUAUUGAUAUUUGUGCUGUCAAAUCAACGAAAGAAGAUGAAACGGAGAAAGCAGCAGAUAAGAAGGAAACUUUAGCUGAGGAAGGCGUGUCAAUUCAAGAUCAUAGUGUUGCUAUCGAACCCAUCAAGGAAGAAAAAUAUCCACUAAUAAUUAAGGAUGAAAUAUCUGGUAUCAAACCUACCAAGGAGGAAGAAAGCAAAGACACUUCUGGCGUAAAACCCCCUGCAGAUGAGGAGAAGGAGCAGAAGGACGAUACUUCUGCCAAAGACAUGAAGGACGAUAAAGGGUCGGAAAAAAGUGACAUUUCUGACAAACAGAUAAAAACACAGGAGGUUAAAGAGCAGGAGAAGGCUGAUCCCUCUGAUCACAAACAAAUUCCAGAGGAAAUUAAAGAUAAGGAAACUGAGAAAGAUGACACAAAAAAGGAGAAAGAAACCGACUCCAGUGUUGAGCAGCCCAAAGACGAGAUGUUCACUCCAUCAUUCAGUGCCAAAGAUGAGAAAAAAGAUGAUUAUCCUUUUGAUACUGAAUCUAAGAAGGAUGAGAAAAAAGAGAUUGAGAAGGAAACUACUGAUAAAUUUACUGGAGCUCAGAUUGAGAAGGAAACUACUGGAGCUCAGAUUGAGAAGGAAACUACUGAUAAACUUACUGGAGCUCAGAUUGAGAAGGAAACUACUGGAGCUCAGAUUGAGAAGGAAACUACUGGAGCUCAGAUUGAGAAGGAAACUACUGGAGCUCAGAUUGAGAAGGAAACUACUGGAGCUCAGAUUGAGAAGGAAACUACUGAGCUGGGAGCUCAGAUUGAGAAGGAAACUACUGGAGCUCAGAUUGAGAAGGAAACUACUGGAGCUGCAGAGAUGAAGCAAGACACCUCUGUAACUACAUCAAGUGAAGACAUGAAACCAGUGAAAGAUGACAUCUGUGUGUCUCUCAGCCAAAUCCAGGAGGAGAAAAAAGAGCAAGAUAAAGAAACAAAGGUCGUUGUUAGUCAAGACGAGAAGAUGGAGAAAGAAAAAGACGACACACAUGUUGCCGAACUGAGCAAAGAACAGAAAAUGGAAAAAGAACAAGAAAAAGAAUACACCUAUGAGAUUGAUGACACCAAAGAUGAAAAGAUGGUGAAAGGAAAGGAUGUUGCGGACAAGAAGACCGAUGAGAUAACUGAAAAAGACUCCUCUGAUGGAGACCACACCAGAGAGGAGAAAUGGGAGAGCGAGGAGUUACAAGAGAAAGACUUUGACAAAACUAUUAAACAACCUGCAAUAACAGUAGCAGGAGAAGCGACAAAGCUGUCCAAGACAGAUUACCAAUCUGCGUUUGUGGUUCAGUCCUCUGACGAAGACAGGGAAGAUGAAGAGGAGGACGAGGAGGACAUUUGUAUGGGAGGAGCAGGCUCCAGACCUUUGUCAGUGGAGCAGAGAAAAUCAGAACAUGACAUCACGUCUGCAGGUCUGCCCUCAUCCGAAAAAGCACAGACAAGUGACCAAACUGAACCUCCAAAAUCUGAGCAGAUCUCAGUGAUCAUACCAACUCUUACGAUGCAGGAGCCCUCUAUAGAUGAAGACGUCAAAGAGUUUGGCAAAGAAGAAUCCAGAAUUUCACCUCAAGCAGAAAAAGAUGUUGUGAAAACAGAAAUCACAGCUGCACCACUUGCCAAACCGGAGCCCUCUUUUGAUAUAGUCAUAUCAAAGGAGGAGACAACAGCUAUUUCUAAACAAGAAAAGGCUUCUGAUUUACCAGCAGCUAAAGCAGAGCCAACGUCCGACUCAACGGAGCAAAAGCCUGUGUUGUCAACGGUAUCCAGCACUGACAGUCAACCCAGAAGCUCUACGCUCUCAAGCACUGAGAGUCAAUCCAGUGUGGAGGAAACACCACCACAAGAUAUACAGAUACCGUCUCUGACAAGCUCAGCAGUUGGUGCUACAGAAAAAGCAAAGCUGGAUGAGAAACCAGGAAAAGAAGCAGAGAGGGAGACGGAAGGAGAGCGAGAGGUGGCUUCUCCCGGAUUAUCACAGCCUUGUUCAUAUUUUAUGUUGGAUUCUGAGGACGCCAGCCACACUGAAGUUGUUGAAUCAGACACCGCAAAAAUGACCUCGGAGAAGGAAACGGUCAGUGGAAGCAUGGGAGAUGAAAAGCAAACCUUUGGUGCGUCCAAGUACGAUCCUUAUGAAAAGCCACUUCCAAAGGAUCACGACUUGGACUCUAGAGAAGAAAGCGAGGUUUCUUUGGGUUUCGAUCACGCCUCAGAUAUUGGUAUUGAUGAUAACAGAAGAACAAGCCAAACAGAGGCUGGAGGAGCCAUGUUCGUCCUGGACGAUCAGUACAAAGAAGAGCCUCUGUCCUUUAGUAGAGUCGACUACAGUCCAGUGUCCCUUACUGAGAGUGAAAGAAGCAGCCACCACUGUGCCUCUCCUAGAUAUGAAGACCGGGAGAAAGGCCAAGAGGAAGAGCGUGAGAGAGAAGAAAGACCAGACACACCUUAUGUUGAAAAAGGUUUUUCAUCCGUAAACGUACAAGAUAACAAAAUGUCCCAGGCUGCUGAGUCUUAUUCUUACAGUCCCAAAGAGGAUAAACCUGAGAAAUCGGAGAAAGAGAAAGAAGAUAUGAAGGAAGCCUCAACUUCUGCCCCUUUGAGCAAACAGUUUGGAGACAAAGGCAAAACUUUAACCACGAUAUCGAGCUCUUCAGUACCUCUAACCAAAGAGGAGCCAUCGAUGGCAGAGUCUCACAGCUCCUGCUUUGGAGGAUUUCAGAGAGAUGAGUACAUGGAGGUGACAACGAAACCUGCAACAAAAGUGUCUUUACCCAGCCAGUUUGAUGAGACCAAACCAUCAUAUCCAUUCUCGUCUACCACUGCCAAACAGACUGAGGAUCAAAGCGGUUCUGCAAAGCCUGAAACGGAAACAAAGUCAACAACUGAUAGUUUUUAUAUGCUAGAAAGUAAGAUUACAGCUUCCUCUGCUGCACCAUCCCUGCAAAGCAUCGAACCAGUAAAGGUGUCACAGAGUGUAUCAGAGGCUUGCUUUGAUGUCUCUCCCCUCCAAAGGGCUGAUUCCUCUGACAAGUUGUCCCAAGAGUCAUCAGAAGAUGAGGAGCCUGUUACACUUGAAAUGGAGGACAGCACCCUACCAUGUCGUAUUGAAUGUCAAAAUAUCAAAGUCGCUGAGCAAAAGGAGAGUUUUUCUUUGUUAACUGAGUCAUAUGGGGUAGAGAGUACCUCACAGUCCACAGAGACGAAGGCGGUCACCAUCACCUCUACUACUGUUGUGUCUAAACCUGAUGUGGUGAUGGAAACAACUCAACAGACAGCCUCACUUACUUCACUCAGUGAUAGUGGAGCUAGCAAAACCACAUGUGCCACAACAGAGGUGUCCAAAACAGAGGAGGAUAAAGACAAAAAGGAGAAAACACCAGAGCAAAAAAUAGAGGAAAAGUUGUGUAAAGACAGCACAGAGGAGAGGAAGGCAACAGCUGAUACAAAGAUGAGUGAAAAAGCAGAAGAUGGUAAGAAAGGAGAGGCAGAAAAGGUUGAGGAGAAAAGCUUUUUGGAGAAGCCACCAGAGAGAUUAGAGGUCAGGAGAAGGAGCAGUAUAUCUGAUUGGGAACUACUACAGAAGCCUGAAGACUGCCCAAGUGCCCCUCCUCCAGGUUAUCGUGAUGAUGACGAGGAGGAAGAGGAUGAGGAAGCGAUGGAAUGGAUGACCAGUGCCCACAGUACCUCUACGUCCUCCUCGAAAGAAACCUACCACACCGAAACCUCAAGCAAAGGAGCUACAAGGGCUGAACGUCCCUCUGACUUGAACACCGGAGCCACCUACUCCUCCGCCUCCCAGCCAGGCCACUCGUCCUGCGAAUACAAACAUCGCAAAGGAGAACUUUCUCCAUCGUUCAUCAACCCGAGCCCCCAUAAGCUCUCCAGUGACGAGGGCGAGGGUGAGGAGGACGACCACAGUGACCACUCCCAGGAAGGUGACGAGGACGAUCAGGAGCAACACUCUGUGAAAAGGAGGUCACACAAGCAGAGGCACCACCACACUCCAAGUAGCCAAGGAGAUGCGGCGGCACAGGGGCCACACCAGCUGCCCGGCACCAUGUCAUCCGGUUUGGCUGUGACGUUAGCUGGAGAGGAAACACCUCCGACAUCAGCAAGCGAGUCGUUGCCUUCACAGUCGGACUCUGACGUUCCUCCAGGGACAGAGGAGUGUCCGUCCAUUACAGCUGAAGGAAAUCUGGACUCGGACGAAGACGCCGAACAUCUGCCGGUGGACAAAUUAUCUGGAGCUGGGGGGAGUCACCAUCCUUCAUCACCUAGGUCAGCUCAGAAGACUCAUGACCCACCUCCCACUCCGAUGAAGGACCCUCACCCCCACCCUCCACACCCAGAUGUGUGCAUGGUAGAUCCAGAGGCCCAUCUCAAUGACCACAGCAGCACAGAGAAACUUCUCAAAAAGGAGCACAAGACCACCAAGGGCCUCAGAAAGAGCAAACCCAAGUCGGCCUCCCCCGCUCGUAAGGGGGAAGUCAGGAAGAGGUCCUCUACUCCAGUGAAGCAGACCUCCAAGGACUCCGCCUCACCUCGAUCAGCCUCCCUUAGGAGGAAGGACGGCGACAGAAGCUCCAGGCUGAUCAAGAUGUCUGAGACUCAUGGCUCCAAGAGUGAGAUCCUUAACCCGGGGAAGGGCUUGGUCAAUGGAGUCAAGAGCAGUGCAGGAAACAACUCCCAGAAAACUGGCUCGGCCGUGCCCCCUGGACCACCCAUCUAUGUCGACCUGGCCUAUGUGCCCAACCACUGCAGUGCUAAGAACGUUGACCAGGAAUUCUUCAAGAGAGUGCGAGCUACGUACUAUGUGGUGAGCGGGAACGACCCGGGCAGUGGAGAGCCCAGCCGUGGAGUCCUGGAUGCCCUUCUGGAGGGAAAAGCUCAGUGGGGCUCCAAUUUACAGGUGACUCUGAUCCCGACCCACGACACUGAGGUGACCCGGGAAUGGUACCAGCAGACUCACGAGAGGCAGCAGGACCUGAACAUCAUGGUUCUGGCCUCCAGCAGCACCGUAGUCAUGCAGGACGAGUCCUUCCCUGCCUGCAAGAUCGAGUUCUGA